AUGAACGCCUCCCUGGAUGGCGGCAGCCCCGGCAAUGGGAGCGGCGGGGGCGGGGGCGGCGGGGAGAGUGGCGGGAGGCCCUUCUGCCUGCUGGCGGCCGGCUACCCGGACAGCCUGGACGUCUGCCUCCUGGAGGCCAUCAUCAUCGUAUUCCUGACCGUCCUCAUCAUCUCGGGCAACCUGGUGGUCAUCUUCGUCUUCCACUGCGCGCCGCUGUUGAACCACCACACCACCAGCUACUUCAUCCAGACCAUGGCCUACGCCGACCUGCUGGUGGGGGUGAGCUGCCUGGUGCCCUCCCUCUCCCUGCUGCACCACCCGCUGGCCUUCCUGCCCGAGGCGCUGGUCUGCAAGGUCUUCGGCUACGUGGUCUCGGUGUUGAAGAGCGUCUCCAUGACCUCGCUGGCCUGCAUCAGCCUGGACCGCUACAUCGCCAUCACCAAGCCCCUCAGCUACAGUACGCUGGUCACCCCCUGCCGGCUGCGGGCCUGCAUCCUGCUGCUCUGGCUCUACUCGGGCGGCGUCUUCCUGCCCGCCUUCUUCGAGUGGGGCAAGCCGGGCUACCACGGGGACAUC